UGAGCCGGUCCUCCGAGCCUCGGGGGGCGCUGCCGGCGGGAGGAGCAGGAGGUCGCUCUUGCCGACGGCGCCGCCUCGUCGUCCGCGGCCUUGCCGACGCCGCCGCCUCCUCGACUCUCGGCCUCAUGCCGGUGGACACCAAGCGGGUGCGCGCCCCGGAGGAAUCGCAGUCUCCGCUGCUGUUUGCGCGGGACGAUGGCGGGUCGAAGCCGUGUCCGCUGGUACCACGGGCGGAUGGGCGAGCGCCGGCCGAGCCGAGGCCGGUGUUUGCGCGGGCCGGGCUGGUGAGCCAAGCAGACGGGUCGGUGUAUACCGAGUGCGGCCGCAGCAAGGUGCUGUGCGCCGUGUACGGGCCCCGCGACGGCGAGCGCAAGGAGGAGCGGCGCCUCAGCGGAGCCACCCUGAGCUGCGAGUUCCGAUUUGCCCCAUUCUCCUGCAAAGAGAGAGCUGCUUGGAUUCAGAGCAACUUAGAAAAGGAGUAUUCUUUGAUUAUGGAGCAGAGUUUGCAGCCUGCCAUCUGCCUCCAUAAAUACCCCAGGUCUCAGAUUGAGGUGUACGUUGUGGUUCUGGAGAAUGAUGGCUCCACCCUGGCAGCUGCACUGACCUGUGCCUCCAUGGCGCUGGCAGAGGCAGGCAUUGAGAUGUACGACGUGGUCGUGGGCUGCUCCUUGAGGCAGUGUGGUGCCAUCUCCCUGCUGGACCCGACGGUGGCCGAGGAGUUCAAUGCCGCCAGCUGCAGGGGUUUGGAUAAUGGCAGCGUGACGGUGGCAUUGCUGCCCACUCUUAACCAGAUCUCGGGACUGGUGUCGAAGGGAGAGUGGGAGGAGCAGACAUCGGUGGAGGCAAUCAAGUGUUGUGUUGAAGGUUGCCAGAAACUCUACUCCGUGGUUCAGCAGUGUCUAACCAAAUCGGUUAAGAGGAAGAUCCCGCAACUUGUCAAUAAGGCUUAGGUGAACUUUUGUUCAAGGACAUUCCGGUAAAUACUUUUCUUAAUGUGAAAAUUUGUUUUUUUAAACCAGUAUUUUCUAAACUUAAAUGAUUCAAAUUAUAAAAUAUACCUUGUUGAAAAUCAUUAACUGUUGGACAGUAUUCUCACUUAAGACCGGAACAAGAUCACUUUCAGACUCAAGCUACAGAAUGGAAACAAGCUGGGGUGCAAUGAAGAUAUUCAUCCAACAUGUCUUAGUAGCCAGCAGAUCCCAGACAUGCAGCACUGUCUUAAUUUCCCAUCUGAGAAAACUGGCAGUGAAACAUUGGUGAAGAACAGAACUAUUUUAUCAUUUCUUCUGCAAGUAUUCUCCCCUUUUCAACUAAUUGGAAUGCGAGCUAAGUGGAAACUGCAGCUCAGCUAAAUGAUGCCAUUGCUAAUUGUCUGCUGUGGAUUCACUUACCCAGCACAGUGCAGGAGACAGCAGACACUAGAGCAAAAAGAAUCAAUCUGCUGGAGGAAUUCAGCGAGCCAAGCCAUGGGGGUCAAUGUCUCAGAUCAGCCUUAGCCCGAGGCAGCAACUAUCCCUCUGCCUCCACAGAUGCUACCUGACUUGUUGAAUUCCUUCUGUGAAGAUCAAUCCUUGUAUCGAGAGAGAAUGUCUGCUGACUGCUCACUGUGGGUAAACUGAACUGGAUCAGGCUCGAUGUUGUCAGGGAACAUAAGCAUGCAAAAGAGAACAGUUCCAAAAUGAAAUUUGAUUCUAAGCCAUGUUAAGCAGCUGGAGUGAGUGGAAUUCCUUGCCCUGCUGAAUUAAGAAGGGCUUAAGUAGAGACAAGGCACAGAGGAACAGAAAGAUCAUCCAGUCAUCCCAUUUGCCAGCUUCUGUGUCGAACUCUCUUAACAAAUAAAGUUAACAAAUCCCGAUGACAGUUGCAUCAUUGUACUACAUGUACUGAGUUGGAACUCAGGAAAUUUACAGCACUUCUAUCAACUAUCAUAAGUGACAACUUUGCUGAGUUGCAGAAAAGCAAUGUUCCAUGUUGAUGGAACAUAGAACAUUACACACUGUACACGUCCUUUGGGCCACAAACUUUACAUCUACUCUAAGAUCAAUAUAACCUUCCCUCCUACAUAACCAUCCAAUUUUCUACCAUCCACAUGCCUACCUAAGAGAUGUUAAAUGCCUCUAAUGUAUGUCUCCACCACCACCCCUGCCUGAGCAUUCCAUACACUCACUGCUCUGUGUCAAAAAAAUAACUACCUCUGACAUCCCACUUUACUUUCUUCCAAUCAGUUUAAAAUUAUGCCCCUUCAUGUUAGCCAUUUCUGCCCUGGGGAAAGUCUCUGAUUGUCCAUUCAAUUUAUACCCUUUCAUCAUUUUGUAUACCUUUAUCCAGUCACCCCUCAUCCUCCACUAUAAAAAGAAAAGCCCUGGCUCACUUAACCUAUCCUCAAAAGACAUGCUCUCUAAUCCAGGCAGCAGCCUGGUAAAUCUGAUCUGUACCCUCUCUACAGCUUCCAUACCCUUCCUAUAAUGAGGUGACCAGAACUGGACACAGCAUUCCCAAGUGUGGAUCAUCACACUGGGUCAAGUGUUAAUUUUUCGUUGCAGGUAGAGGUGCAAUAUAUUUCUCUCAAAUAAACAUGAUAAACUUGUUGAAAUUAAAAGGAAAUUUAAAAAAAGUUUUAAUUUGUGGGGAGUGGGAUGUCUCUGAUAGGGUAAAAUCGGGGUGACCAUUGUAUAAACCAGGUUAUCUACUCCAGUGGUCUCCAACCACCGGGCCUCAAAGCAUGUGCUCCCGGGCCGUGAGGAAACAAUAUGAUUUGGCGAUAUGAAAAGAUAUGAGUCAACUACACCUUUCCUCAUUCCCUGUCACACCCACUGUUGAACUUGAAUGCACGAGAGGUCAUUACGCAUGCGAAGUUAUUACCCACGAGGUCAUCGGUCGCUUAAACGCAGUGAUCCCCUCGCACCAGAGAUCACUGGUUGGCCUCGGGUAACCGGCCGCCUCGUGCGUCUGGCGAGAAGGAGCACCUGGAGCGCAGACAGAUGGACGCCACCUCUAAAUCUGCUUAGCGCACCGAAUGUUCGUGGGGAACCUGGUGCUAAGAUAUUCGCAGAUGGCCUAAUUUGGGCUCGGUUUAUAAGUAGCAGAGCAGCUACCUCGCUGCGAUCUACUGAAAGUCAUCCCUCGAGCCAAACUUUUGUCGGCUGCUCUCUCCGGACUGUAACCACCGCAGCCCCGGUACGGGGACCUCUGCCCUUACCUUGUCUUCUCACUUGUGUGUUGCAAUGAUUUUAUAUGUUCAUAGGAGGAAAAUAUAUGCUGUGUGUUUAAUAUCUAAACAUUACUUAAAAUGUUAUGCUAUUGACUUAUAAGUGAGUUAUCACUAUAUUCAUGUGAGGAAAAUAUGCGCUGUGUGUUUAAUAUUAAAUUCGUUAGAUAAACGCUUUUAGAAAUGAAAUUGAGUGUAUUAGCCACUUAUAAGUGACUUAUAGUUGACUUAUCACCUAUAUUCUGGUCAUGAUUCACAACCCCCCCCACCCCCGCUGGCCGGUCUGCGAGAAUAUUGCCAAUAUUAAACCAGUCUGCGGUGCAAAGAAGGUUGGUGACCCCUGAUCUAGCCAGUGAGUGAGUGGGAGCAGUUAGAAAAGAGAACAUGCACAAAAGAACACAAACAACUGCCCUGUCCCCAAACACACCCCCCACCCCCCAACCCCUCUGCUCACGCAUACCCAAUAAUUCAACCUGGCCUUGCCCCACCAAACUUCUUUCUUCCUUUUCCCCUGAUUAUGUCCAUGACACCUCAAUGACCUCUACCGUUUGCUAUUUCCUGGUCCUGACAGAUUCAAGGGCCAUUUACACUUGCUUCCUCCUUUAGAAUGGUCUAAGGACUGCUUCUUCCUGGCAGCCCUUCCAGUUCCUCAUUACCAACAUGCUAAACGUUCACAGUUUGAACACCUUCAGCUCCACUUGCUGGAUCCUGGCCCUGCCUGUCUGUGGAACAGUAUGUGUUUCAACUCUUGCUGCACAAUAUUGGAGCUGCCUCCUGCACUUGUGCAGAACACAACAGUUUCAUUAUUUUUGCUGCCAGUUCCCACCCUGCCCUUCCCGUCACAUGCAUCCAGACGGACUUUUCCCUUCCCUUCACAUGGACCCAGACGGACUCUUCCCUUCCCUUCACAUGGGCCCAGACAGACUCUUCCCUUCCCUUCACAUGGACCCAGACGGACUCUUCCCUUCCCUUCACAUGGACCCAGACGGACUCUUCCCUUCCCUUCACAUGGACGCAGAGGGACUCUUCCCUUCCCUUCACAUGGACCCAGACGGACUCUUCCCUUCCCUUCACAUGGGCCCAGACAGACUCUUCCCUUCCCUUCACAUGCAUCCAGACAGACUCUUCCCUUCCCUUCACAUGCAUCCACACAGACUCUUCCCUUCCCUUCACAUGGGCCCAGACAGACUCUUCCCUUCCCUUCACAUGGGCCCAGACAGACUCUUCCCUUCCCUUCACAUGGGCCCAGACAGACUCUUCCCUUCCCUUCACAUGCAUCCAGACAGACUCUUCCCUUCCCUUCACAUGCAUCCAGACAGACUCUUCCCUUCCCUUCACAUGCAUCCAGACAGACUCUUCCCUUCCCUUCACAUGGACCCAGACGGACUCUUCCCUUCCCUUCACAUGGACCCAGACAGACUCUUCCCUUCCCUUCACAUGGACCCAGACGGACUCUUCCCUUCCCUUCACAUGGGCCCAGACAGACUCUUCCCUUCCCUUCACAUGCAUCCAGACAGACUCUUCCCUUCCCUUCACAUGCAUCCAGACAGACUCUUCCCUUCCCUUCACAUGCAUCCAGACAGACUCUUCCCUUCCCUUCACAUGGACCCAGACAGACUCUUCCCUUCCCUUCACAUGGACCCAGACGGACUCUUCCCUUCCCUUCCCUUCACAUGGGCCCAGACAGACUCUUCCCUUCCCUUCACAUGGGCCCAGACAGACUCUUCCCUUCCCUUCACAUGCAUCCAGACGGACUCUUCCCUUCCCUUCACAUGCAUCCAGACAGACUCUUCCCUUCCCUUCACAUGGGCCCAGACGGACUCUUCCCUUCCCUUCACAUGGGCCCAGACGGACUCUUCCCUUCCCUUCACAUGCAUCCAGACAGACUCUUCCCUUCCCUUCACAUGGGCCCAGACGGACUCUUCCCUUCCCUUCACAUGGACCCAGACGGACUCUUCCCUUCACAUGGACCCAGACGGACUCUUCCCUUCACAUGGACCCAGACGGACUCUUCCCUUCCCUUCACAUGGACCCAGAGGGACUCUUCCCUUCCCUUCACAUGGACCCAGAGGGACUCUUCCCUUCCCUUCACAUGGACCCAGAGGGACUCUUCCCUUCCCUUCACAUGGACCCAGAUGGACUCUUCCCUUCCCUUCACAUGGACCCAGACGGACUCUUCCCUUCACAUGGACCCAGACGGACUCUUCCCUUCCCUUCACAUGGGCCCAGACAGACCAAUGUGUCAUUCUUCAGUGAUAGGCAACCCUUUGAGUGAAGAAGUUCCGCCACGGGUUCCCCAUAAAUAUUUUAUCUUUCUCCCUUAACCCAUGACCUCUGGUUGUAGUCUCCUCCAAACUCUGGAAAAGGCCUGCUUGCCUUUGUUCUAUCUAUACAGUACCACCGAAAUUGUACUGAGGUGAGGGCCAGGGAAGUAUUUUUCCUGCUCCGUUCGGCGAGAGGGCGCUGUGAGAAUACAGGUGCGGGAGAUGGAGGAGAUGCGAAUCCAUCAAACAUGGCGGGGGUUAGAUAUGCUUCCUGAGCAAGGGAAGCGUUUGAGAAGUCAGCGGGAUGUAGCAGGGACAGACAGAAAUGAAUGGUGUCCUAACAGGUGACGAGGAUGGGAGAUGUACUCAAGGUCGCUGUGGGUUUAUCGGUGGAUAGUUUGUCUCCUGAGAUAAAUAAAUGAACGAACGAGGACCUCUACCUGCCUCGAUAAAUCUAAACCUGAAAUCCAUGUUCUUGCAGAAAAUGGGCUGGAUCACUUCACUUGCCUAUAAUUUUCAGGAUAUGGUGGUCGAAGCCUCCCUAGUAGAGUCAUACAUAAAGUUACAGGGUCGUAAAUUCAAAGUGAGAGACCUUAUCGUGGUUAUAAACGACAUAUGCCAGUGAUAUUUAAAUCUGAUUCUGAAUUUAUAUAGCUACAGACAUAGAUAUAAAGUUACAUAAUUGUAGUCAUAAAGUUACGACUUACAGAGCAAUAGACGCUCCGGCCGUAAGUUGGGGAAACGCGUUGUCAAACAACUCCGCUCCAUUCGUCAACAGCGGAACUUCCCGGUGUCCAAACCGAUUUCCAUUCCCAAUCCAACACAUCGGUCCAUGGCCCCCACUUGUGCCGGGAUGAGGUCACCCUCAGGGUGGGUCUGGACACACCCCCUGCUGUCUGCUCCUGUGGCUCCUCCCACUGACCCCGGUAGGAGGCACAGCCCCGGCCUCAGUCUUCAGGAUGUUGUGUGGUGGUCAUUUGCUACUUGUUCUUUCUUACAGCCAAUAAAAGCCCAUAUCUCGCCUCA